AAUUCAUUUUCUUUGGCAUUUUGCACAUUAAUAUGAAGAAAAACAUGGUUGUAAAAGAUUGUGAGGCUAACAUUGGCCGGCUAGCUUGCAAAUCAUAUCCAUAUAUCCAUCCUCCAAUUCAAUAUCUAUUAAUUUCUUCAAUUAGCUUUGCUUGUCUCACCCAUAAACACAUUUUAUUCAAUUAGAUAUUGUUUUUUAUAUACAAAAAUAUAUUGUUUCCCUUUUUGUCUUCUAAAUUUUUCUUAGAACACCAAGUAGCUAAAUAUGGGGAAUUUUCUUUCCAACUCCAAGGAAACAAAAGCAUUGCCUAUUGAUACCUCAUUCAAGCUUCCCUCUUCAUUGCCAUCUUGGCCACCAGGUGAAGGAUUUGGAAAUGGAACUAUCGAUCUUGGAGGAUUACAAGUAUGUCAAAUAUCAUCUUUUAACAAAAUUUGGUCAAUUCAAGAAGGUGGACCAGAUAAUCUUGGUGCUUCUUUUUUUGAUCCUUCACAAAUCCCACAAGGAUUCUUCAUGUUAGGUUCUUACAGCCAGUCCAACAACAGACAACUUUCCGGUUGGGUUCUCGCCGCAAAAGAUAACGAAAACGGAGCAUUAAAGCAACCGAUUGAUUACACUCUAGUCUUUAGCAGCGAAUCUUUAAAAAUCAAGCAAGAUAGAAUUGGCUAUAUUUGGCUACCAACACCUCCUGAUGGUUACAAAUCUGUCGGCCUUGUCGUCACUAAUUCUCCCGAGAAACCUUCGACGGAAAAAGUCCGAUGCGUUCGAUCAGAUUUCGUAGAUCAAUGCGAGACAGAUAGUUGGAUAUGGGGAUCAAAAGAGCAAAUUGAUCCAAAUGGUUUUAAUAUUUUCAGUCUGAGGCCAAGCAUUAGAGGGACUCAAGCUAUGGGUGUUUCUGUCGGCACUUUCGUCGCUAAAAAUGGAAAUUCUGAUUCUCCUAUUUCAUUAUCUUGUUUAAAGAAUACCAAUAACAAUCUCUCUUUUAUGCCUAAUAAAAAUCAAAUUCAGGAAAUUUUUCAGGCAUACGCUCCGAUGAUCUAUUUUCAUCCCGACGAGGCAUAUUUCACAUCUUCUGUCAAUUGGUACUUUAGCAACGGAGCGUUGCUUUACAAAAAAGGCGACGAGUCUAACCCUGUCAAAAUCGAACCGAACGGUUCAAACCUUCCACAAGGCGGUUCAAACGACGGCUCAUACUGGCUAGACCUUCCUGAAGAUAUUAAAGCCAAAGAAUUAAUCAAGAAAGGCAAUUUACAAGAAACCGAAGUUUAUUUACAUGUCAAGCCAAUGUUCGGAGCAACAUUCUCCGAUAUAGCAAUUUGGUUUUUCUACCCUUUCAACGGUCCGGCCAAGGCUAAAAUUGACCGUAUUAAUUUACCCUUAGGAAUGAUAGGACAACAUGUUGGUGACUGGGAACAUAUGACAUUAAGGGUUAGCAAUUUUAACGGCGAAUUACGGAGUGUGUUUUUUUCUCAGCAUAGUGGAGGUUCUUGGGUUACCGCAUCAGAACUUGAGUUCCAAAAUGGUAACAGAAUUGUCGGUUACUCGUCGUUGAACGGUCACGCUAUGUAUUCUAAACCAGGACUAGUUUUACAGGGGAGAAAUGGAAUAGGAUUGAGGAAUGAUACUGUGAAAAGUGACAAGGUUUUGGAUACCGGAGCGAAGUUUUCGGUAGUGGCUGCGGAUUAUUUAGGUGCGGGUGUUGUUGUUGAGCCGCCGUGGGUGAACUAUUUGAGAAAAUGGGGUCCGAAUAUUAGUUAUGAAAUUGAUGGUGAGAUCAAGAAAGUGGAAAAAACAUUGGCUGGAGGACUUAAAUCAGGUUUCGAAAAAGUUGUCAGGAUCCUGCCGAGGGAAAUUUUGGGGGAAGAAGGGCCUACGGGUCCUAAAUUAAAAGCAAGCUGGACUGGAGAUGAACGUUGAAUCAUAAUCAGAAUAUACAUCGCCAUGCUCUGCUUUUAAUCUGUGUGAAUUAAAUUGUAGUAAUAUUAAUAUUGGACCUUAUGCAAAUCACUAGUUCAUGAUAUAUUGAUAUGUUCAUACGAAUGGUUAUUACCCUGUGCAUUACUAAA